GAAUUAGAGGUCACGCAAACAGCUCAGAAGGGUUCAAGUGCUAGUAAGGGCAAUGAUCCGGCUCUGAGAUGGUCGUUACAGCCCUGGCACUGUCACCAAUUUACCAUCCACUCUUCGGUCGAUAGUAGCGGUACUCUUGGAGUAAGCGAUCAAACAAUUUUACAGUAGUAAAUCUGAGGUAUUAAUAGACGUGGAUAUUAUGGAAGGAGACUUGAGCGCGCAGAGCUCGAGGCUGGCCGAAGAUUUGCAGUUGUAGAGGCUGUUGCGUAUGAUGGCUGCAUGCUGAUGAACGAAGAGUGUUGCGAAAAGCGCUCAGCAUUCAUUUUGCUCUCCAGAAUCAUAGCUUCGUAAAAGCACCCCACUUCUUCUAGAUAGCUAGUCACUAUAAGAGCCCGAAAGACUGGCUUCAGCAGCAAAGAUUAGCCAUGACGGCGUUUACAGAGUAUUAUCUCCCCAAAAUUGCAGCUUUAUUUAGCAUGUUGGGUAGUGGGUUAAUCAUUGCCGAGGUGCUGCAGGAUGGUCGACAGAGAGGUGCCCGAUCCACUACUUUCAAAGCUGUUGGUGCUGUAUCUCGCGUCUUGUUGUCUAUGAGUGUUGGGGAUAUCCUCUUUUCUUUUGGCUGGUUCUUGGGCUCGUGGGCCAACUUUGGGAGCAAAGGGUUCUGUGUUUUUCAGGGCUUUAUCCUGCACCUGGGAUACAUGGCAUCCUUACUCUUUAGUGCUUCUCUGGCUGUGGUGUAUCUACUCAUGAUCCAGUACAAUUGGCGUCAACGCAGAAUUCUACCCAGAAUCCCUAUCAUUGCCAUUAUCAUGUGGGGUGCCUGCCUGGUGUUGGCCGUGCUUCCAAUACCCCUGGAUAUGUACCAACCAACUGGCACAAAUUGCUGGAUUGGAUCCUCGGAAUCGCAGGAUGCCACCUUUAUCGUUGCAUCCCUUCAGGUGAUUCCCGUUUGGUCAUGUAUCCUUCUGGAUGCUUCUAUCAUGUUUUUCCUUUUUCGAAAGGCAAGAUUGCUGGAAGCGGAAGUGGAACAUGUAGCUCUUCGAAGCAGUAACAGUACAAACGCCACAAAGGUCUUAUCCACCACUUCGAGAGCCAAUGAUCCCCGAAGUGAGGGAGCAGAUGAUACGGAUGACAAUCCCGAACGAAUGGAGCAAGCACAGGCAGAAGAGUCAGUCCAGUUGGAGGAACAGCAUCCAGAAACAGACAUUGCUGCAGAACCACCUCGUGAAGAAAUUGAGGAGUCCGACCACAGCAACCAAGAUGGUGAACCAUCCACUAGAAUCUACAGCACGUCCACCCAAUACUCUACAACCUCCAACAGUCCUAGAUCCAAAAAACGAUCCCAAAUUGUUGCCAAACAGGGUAUAGGCUACAUUGCAGGGUUUUUGAUGACGUAUGGAUUUGCCACAAUUUCCGUCCUUGUUUUCCUUAUUUCGGGAGAAUGGAAUCCCCCUUUGGAUCGUACCAGCUACUUCUUUCUGGCCAGUCAAGGUGUCUUCAACUUUUUGGUCUUCAGCCAUGGGCGACGACAAAUGAAGACACGGGUGGGAGCUAAGCUCAAGAGUUGGAUAUGGAAUGGCGCAGCAUAUUGCCAUGCUUGCUGCUGCCGUUGUCUCCCGUUAUCGGACGAAUUACAGCAAUCUUCCAGGGAUGGCACCUCUGCAACGGUCCGACAACACAACAACAUGAUUAACCGUGGUGCGGGAAACAGCAACGAACGACAACAACAAUACAACGAUGAGCAACGGCAGCAACAAGAACACAAGUUUUCACCAAUGAUGCUGGCCCCCAUUGACGAAGAGCUGGGCCAGCUGCAGUCCGGUAGCAAUGACUCCAUUAGCUUUUGUAUUCGUGGUGCCAAGAAAGAACGAAUCACGAGUCAGUUUGUAUCAGAACUGGGGGCAUCGGAAAUGUCCAGGAGCAGUUACGAGGAUGCAUUCGGUGACGAGGGUGGUAACUGCCUUGUUGACAGUCCACCUUCCAAGCCUCUACGUGCUCAAAGCCAGGCCGAAUUCUCUCCAAGCAGGGUGCCUCCCUGCAAACCAGAGCGAAUGGCAAGUGGGCACCAGCUGAGUUUCUUUGCCACUGAUAUCUCUGAAUUAGACGAAGCAUCCAUAGAGGAGUCGCCCCCUACGAAACCAAUGAGGCUCGUCAGUGAAGUCAGCCAAAUAUCUGUUGACAAGGAAUCUGUGUUGGAGAUUUGUACGCGAAAUGAUCCAUCUUCUCCACCAUCCAAGCCAAUAAGGUUGGUGAGCGAGUUGGAAAACACCGCUGACAUUCCUCCUUCCAUAACACCACAGCUUGCACCACCGACGAGGCCAAUCAGGGUUUUGAGCGAGGUAUCUGCGUUAGAAGACGAACAAUACAACAAUCCUCCAAUUCAAUCUUUCCCCCCAACCAAGCCACUGAGGCUUGCGAGCGAAGUUAGCGAGCUGUCCACAUUGGAAGACUACAAUGACGUCGCUCCGAUCCCUAUUUCACCUCCCACAAAGCCAGUGAGGUUUGCAAGUGAAGUGAGUGAGCUUUCAACAUUAGAAGAGGACCAUUUCAUUGUUCCUCCAAUCGAGAGUGCACCUCCCACCAAGCCAGUGAGGCUUGUGAGCGACGUUAGUGAUGUUUCGACCGGUUGCAAAGAAGCAAAAUCUGCCGCUGUGGCACCCCCGUCCAAGCCGACCAGGUUCGCGAGUGAGAUAUCAGCGGGCAAAGAAGAUUAUCAGGACGACCACCCGAACGCAGCAUACGGCGAGAGCUACAAGUCAGCGCCCCCGGCAGAGCCAAUUAGAUAUGGAAGUGAUGUGGAAGUUGAAAGGUGAUGUAGCUGUUCGCUGAUGUCCAAAGACAGGCCAUUUCACCUGGAAGUUGUAUCUGAAAGAGUCAAAAGCUCCAGCCACGAAUCCAUUCAGAUACCGGCCGAAAUUGACAGUUUGCGCUGCAGAUGCCACCACGGUUGCCCUGUCGGGUGUGGGAGUGGGGGCAACAGGCUACGCUGGGGGCUGCGUAUGGGGAAUUCGGGGUCAGCGGCAACCAGCGGUGUUUAUCGGGGAGGAUUGAAGAAGACAUUCAUGAAGCUAAAAAUGUUACCAGUAGCUAGACUCCUCAUUCUGAAGAAGACGUCAGAGUACCUGCAUACACAAGCUAGAAUCUUGCAAUUCGCUUUUGCUAUCGUACGGUACGAGCGCAUCGAAGCAUGCACGUCGUAUGUUGUCGCGACAAAUAAAGGAUUUAGCAUUUGUAACAUCGGCACCGUGACUAAGGCCAGAAUUGAAGCCCACCAGGAAUCCAGCUUUUGGUUUUUUUUGUGGUUGGCACCUGCUCGGAAAACACAUCUAAGGAAGAAAACGAAACCGGUCAAGUCCAUGAGCGAAACAACUGGAGGCAACAGCACCAUGCCAUACAAGGCCAGCACCAAGCAUCACAAAACAUACCAGGACACACGUCAAUGAUAUUGGGGCAACUGUUGAUGAGGCAACGGAACAUGGAAGCCCAUUCAUCUGGGCAUUUCUCUACUGCAGUGUCCGAGCUGUAGCUGUAGCCACCAUACUGGACAAUAAACCCACCCGCCUGCUUGGCGGUAGAAGAACCAGAGCCCUUCGUCGCCAUGGAGCUUGUGCAAGUCGGCACCUGACAAUCACUCCUGUCCUCGCCGGUCUCCUCAAGGAUAACACAAGUGGUUGCAAGGUGGACUUCUGCGAGGCAAUCAUCAACACAACAGUCAGGGUUUUCCUCCAAUACUCCACAGUAGUCCUGCUCGAUUUGCGCACAUGUGGGGACGUCAUCAAGAACUGGAUCGAUUGGGGCAGGCGUUUCUUCUUCUUCAGUCGUCAAUUCUAUGUCUGUGAUCAUAGAAUAAAACAUAUAGCAAUGAGCAAGAGGAUAACCUGAUGAUACCUCAUUCGACAAGUGACCUCUGCAACGCACCAGGACACACUUCGAUGAAAUUUGGACAAUCUUGGAUAACGCACUGGACCAAGCCAUUCCAUUCAUCUGGACAAUUAUCCUGGAGAGCUUCCGCAUUGAAUUGCACGCCCCGCCAAACAAACUCAAUUAAAUCCAGAUCAAAGAAAUCUGCAAACUGUUUUGUACCCAACACAGGGGAGCCUGAUGAAGGGCAGCUUGGAACAGGACAAUCUGAAUUGUCUUCGCCAGUCACUACAAAGGUGUGGCAGACCGCCGCAGCCAUGAUUUCUGCAGAGCAGUCUUGAAGGCAACAGUCUCCAUCCGCAUAAAUAUCGCACCAGCUAUUGGAGAUGUCCUCGCAGAACCCAAUAGGACCGCCGACUUCUUCUUGAGUUGGUGAUCCGGAGCCUCCGGAGCUUCCUCCUCCACAGACACAGCAGGCUUCACUUGCCGUUGUGCCAUCAAUACCGGCAAAGGAGGCAAAGUCGCCAAAUUGCUCGCAUCUGUCAUCUGAUGCAUACCAUGAGCAACCGUCUCCUCCAAUAUCUUCCCAUCCAUCGACAUCAGUACACUGCUGGGUGCCUCCUCCACAAGUGCAGCAUGCAUCAUUGGCUGUCAUGUUAUCGUCACCUGGAAUGUUUCCAUACGAUAAGCAUCUGACAUCUUCAACCUCAUAAAAAUCACAACCAUCUCCAUCUCUAUCGGCCCAACCAGGAACAUUGCUGCAUCCCGAAGCCAAUGUUGGCAUUCCACCUGUGGCCCAAUCUUUCAAGAACUCGUCUUCAUUAAUCAUAAUCAGAAACUCGUCGGUAAUGUACUUGGUCGGGUCGACCUGGGUCAGGAUGGCACCUUUGUCCAAGAGGAACGCGCCCACCUCAUUCGUCCAAAUGUCAUAGUUGGACAAGGGUGGUUCUCCCCGACGUUCCAUCAAGUCCAACUGCAGCUGGAGACCAAACAAACCCACCAAACGAAGUUCUAGUCCCAGACUCGCUGCAGAGGGUGCCUCCAAGCUACGAUCCCCGUAGAAAGAUGACAUGUACAACAUAGUCUCCUUGAAGUUGUCCUGGGUGUUGAUGAAAUUCACUGCACGGAGCCAACCGGCUAGAACCUUGGCAACCACCAUGGGAGAUGCCAAAGCAAAAUCGCUACGAACCAUGUGCCCGUUGGCAACUGUGGCAUAAACUGACGCACCGGAACAAAUCGUUUCGGAUCCUUCCAGCGUUUCCAACAGCUCCCAAAGACCUGGAGGAGAGAACCCUCCCAAGUCGGCUGUUGAUGUCGUCAAGGCAUCAAGACAGUCUCCAUCGCGAGCGUAGAUGAAACUGACAUCCUCAAUAGCGUAGCCUUGGCUCUUCAGGCAACUUUCCACGACAAAUUGCUCGGUCGAGUCGGGAAGCACACAAACAUUACCGGCGAUGGACUCGGGAGGCCACGUCUCUACAGCCGCUUGGGUUCCCACCAAUUGGUUGGUGGCACUGGCAUCCAUGGAAAUACCCACACCUAGAAAACCUUCUCGUUGGCUUCUGAUAGAACCAUAAUGAGAGCAGUCACGUGCUAGGAAAUUAGUAAAAAAGGAUGGCGACAAUGGCGACAAGCCUUGGGGAGCGAAAAUAGAAGUCUUACCCAAGAAUGUUGGAGACUACACCGGCACUGCCAAUAUCCCAGGUUCCAUUGACAUCAGUGAUCAUGGCAUCCCCAGAAGGAUACUAUGGUAGAAGAGAGGCUUAAUAAGAUUAGUAGCAUUCCGAUGAUAAAAACAUAACAUCCAUUUUUUCUUACCCAG